AUCGGACUCUUUGACGAGUUCACCCAUUUUUUAACACAGAUGAAUGUUUACAGAGGAAAAACACUUACRGAUUCACAAGACUUGGCAAUGUUGCUGCAAUUGUAUAACGGCACAGGAUGGGCCCGUAAAACCGUUUCUCGAGAAUGCAACUUCGACAUGCCCCUUACAAGUUUUACCAUUGGAGGUUUCACACAGCCAACUGUAGCAGCAAGCAUUAUUGCUCAGGCAGGAAGUGCUGAAAAGGGCCUGUCCAGUAGAUUUCUUUGGAUAACACCGGACCCCGUCUUUAAGUCCAUGGACGACUUAGAAGCAGUAGAUCCGAUAUUUUACAACGAAUUUGUGUCACUUAUAGCGGACCUGAUAAUUGCACGAAAGACCAACCCAAAAGAGCGGGUGACUUUGAGUUUGGACAAAUUGGAAUGUCCAUCGUUUAAAGCGCAUUAUGACAGCAUCCAAGAUAAACUUAAGAUGAUAGCUGGCUAUGACGAAAUGAUUACUGGUAUGUUAAGCAAAUCCAAAGGCCAAACACUCAGGCUAGCUGCAAUAUUUACAGUGCUGUUUACCAUUGGCCAGACAACAGACGACAGUGAACCAACCGCCAUCAAAAAAGUGACAGAUUUAGCUGUUGAUGCCGCCAUCAGCUUCGUUGGUUUGGCUUGCGACCACGCGCUUUAUCYAUCAUCAAGAUCAUCAAUGCAAGACGAGAUAAACAGUGUGGCCGUAGAGUCCGAGGAAUGCGAUGAAGCAAUGUCGGCAUCAACAGAUCAACCCAGAAAAAAAAGUCUGAAGCAGCAUAUCCUUCUUCUCGAGGGAAAGAAACUCGAGGUGACUCCCCUUCUAAAGAAAAAGAAAUUCCGUGGCUAUGCUCCGGACAAAAACGCAGUCAUCAAAGCUAUGGAAGAUUUGCAAGAACAAGGAUUUGGGCACUUGACAUCCGAAAAAGGGCCAGGAUCGUACAUAAAAUACACCUUCGUAAAAACGGCAAUUCCGGAGGACGAUCAAGGAAGAAUUGAUUUYACUGUGAAGCUAACAGAAGUCAAUAUUUCCAUACGAGAAUAUCAGGAGGCAUACCAACAAAUCGAGCAGGAUGCAAACAAAGAAAAGACCGGAGACAAGCGAUCACAAGCUGACAACGAAAUAGAACCACUUCGACGAAGUCCUCGAAAGUCCCCAAGGAAGAGCMAAUAGAAUAUUUGUUCUUCGACAGUUCUCCUUUAGUAUAUGAUUUUUAUACAUUCUGUGGAAAAAUGUUCAUGACAGCAUAGUGCUAUUUUUUGUAUUAAAAAUAUACAAUAUGUUUUAUUAURUUCUAUUUUUAACAGUCGUUUUCCAGAUUACCGUUGCCGGACAAAAUAUGGCUAAAAAUACAAUAUAGGUACUACAGCUCAAUAUUAUCAUAUAAAUAAUGAUAGAAAAUGUACGAACAAUGUACGAUUACGAAUGAUCAGAUGAUGUAUAGUAUUUUUUUGUCAACGAAUUUUUGAAUGAUUAAACUAUGUUAUCAUGUAAGUCAAAUGAAGUCUAAUUCAAUGUUGUCAUUAUAUGUAUUAAGUGGUACGUAACAAGUACGAAUGAGUAAUAUUUGUAAACAAUAGAUGA